GCACCGGCASCGGCACCGGCACCGGGCUCGGCCCGGAGCGCCGCGGCCCCGGCCCCGCCAUGGAGGCGAGCGCGGCCAAGCGGAAGGAGCCGCGCAAAUCGCUGCGGGUUAAAGUCAUCUCCAUGGGCAACGCCGAGGUGGGCAAGCCCAUCUCCGGGCCCCGGCAGGUGCGGAACGAGUUCUACAAGGACACGCAGGGGGUGCUGCUGGUGUACGACGUGGGCUCCAAGGAAUCCUUCGACUCGCUCGACUCCUGGUUGGCCGAGAUGAAACAGGAGCUGGGCCCCCACGGCAACAUGGACAACGUCGUCUUCGUCGUCUGUGCCAACAAGAUUGACGCCGGGAAGCUGCGGGUGGUGGACGAGAGCGAGGGGCGGCUCUGGGCCGAGAGCCGRGGAUUCCUCUACUGCGAGACCUCGGCCCAGAGCGGAGAGGGAAUCCCGGAAAUGUUCCAGGUGGGAAUUGCGGGAUUGGAAAUGGGGGAGGAGGUGACGCGGGCGUACCGGAAGUUGGCCGUGCUGUGUUUGGGGUCAGGAAUUGUGGGAUUUUUCCCAUUUUUGGUGUUUUUCAGGGAGGAGGUGACGCGGGCAUACCGGAAGUUGGCCGUGCUGCUGCACCCCGAUAAGUGCCUGGCCCCGGGCAGCGAGGACGCCUUCAAGGCCGUGGUCAACGCGCGCACGGCGCUGCUCAAGAACAUCAAAUAGGGGAUUCUGGGAAAAUUCCGGAAUUCCCAGGAAAAAUUCCCAAAUUUCCAUGGAAUUCCAACCGAAAAAUCGCCAAAUUUCCACAGAAUUCCCACAGAAAAAAUCC